AUGGCGGCUUUAGCACGAGUUAGAAAAAGAUCCAAAGCUGGGAACUUGUGGGGAGCAGUGCUCAAAGAAGGCGAAGGACCUGUAGAGAAAAAUACAGGCUCUGCGUCGCAGUACUUCUGCGAGGCGUGCAACAAAGACUUCAAGGAUCAAGAAGCAAAAGCUGCCCAUUUCGCAGAACAUAUCAAAUGCGGCUUUCCUGGCUGCAUGUUCGAAGGACACAUGCUUGUCAUCGAGACGCAUAUCAAAAAUGCACAUGGAAAUGGAAUAGGCGCUAUUAGGCUAGAGACGGAAGAAGAUAUCAGAAAAUGGAGAGAGGAAAGAAGAAAGAAUUUCCCGACGAAGGCGAGGAUUGCGGAAAAGAAGGCUGCAGGAGCAGCGGUCGAGACGAAGAAGUUUUCGAAAAGAGAGCAGCGAAGGGAGCAGAGAAGGGCGGAAAAAUUGAAGAAAAGACUGGUUACGUCGCAGGAGCCCGCUAAUAAACGAGCUAAGAAGGGAAAACAAGAAAACGCUCUCGUCAAUUAUGCAUCCGAAUCUGAAGACUCGAGCAGCGAGGACGACGACCCUCUCGACGACGAGUCCAGCGAUUCAGAGAAUGAAAAUGAGACAGAAGAGACGAAGAAAAGACAAGCCAGAAGUCAGCUGUCAAAUCGACUUACAAAAGUAUCAGAGAACAUUGCUGCCCAGCCUGCGAACGAAAUUCUUUACAAUAACAAAUUGUUGAGAAGUCACAAGCAGAAUAUAAAAGAGGAUGGAAAAAAAGUCCGAUAUCCAGUUGGGUCGUACAAAUGCCACAAAACGGGGGAGAGAGAUAUGCCGCAGUUGGCCAGACCCAGUUUAUUAGAGAUGCUGCUAAAGGAUGAAAUUCGAGAAGAAAGAAACCGAAUACUACAGGCUGUGCAUUACAUCGUUCAAAAUGAUUUCUUCGGAGUCAACUGA